AUGUUUGCCGUCAAAGGAUGGUCUGUCACAGCAGACAGCCUCAAGCCUGAGGCCGGAGUUGCCCCUGCAGACACACCGGCCAAGAAGUCCAGAAAGAGGAAGAGGGCAUCCCAACCCGAAAAUGUCACCUCCUCCAAUGUCGCCGACAUGUGGGAGAAGGUCAUCGACCACAAAGAUGAGCAACCACAAAAGGCUGCAAAGCCAGAAAAGUCCCAGCCCAAGGAGACGGAGAAGCAGUCUGAGACGGGGAAGAAGCGGCAAAAGCGGGACUCAGAUGACUCCAAACCGGAGAAGGAGUCUCUUGCAAAGCAGCCAUCUACCAAGAAAGAUGGAAAGCAGGAACAGGAGGCAGCAGACACGGACGCCAAGCCAUCCAAGAAGGAUAAGAAGGACAAGAAGAAGGGAAAGAAGGAUAAGCAAGCGCCAAAGGAGACAGACGAUACCCCGGCGAGCAAGGACGCCGCCACCAAGGCCAUCGCGGCCGUACCAGCGCCGCAAAAACUCACCCCACUGCAGGCCUCGAUGCGAGAAAAGCUGAUCUCGGCGCGCUUCCGCCACCUGAACGAGACGCUGUACACCAGGCCGUCAGCCGAGGCCUUCAACCUCUUCAAGGAGUCACCCGAGAUGUUCACCGAGUACCACGAGGGCUUCCGGCGGCAGGUCGAGGUGUGGCCCCAGAACCCGGUCGAGGGCUUCCUCGCCGAGAUCAGGCGGCGGGCGCGCCAGCGGCACCCGCCCAAGAACCAGCAGCAGCACCGCGGCGGCGGCGGCGGCAAGGGCGACGCUGGGUCCGCCGACGUGCAGCCGCUCCCCCGCAACCGCGCGACCAACGUGUGCACCAUCGCGGACCUGGGCUGCGGCGACGCGCGCCUGGCGUCGGAGCUGCAGCGGGAGAAGGGCAAGCUCAAGCUCGAGGUGCUCAGCUUCGACCUGCACAGCCCGCACCCGCUCGUGACCAAGGCGGACAUCGCGAAUCUGCCGCUGGCGAACGGCUCCGUCGACGUCGCCAUCUUCUGCCUGGCGCUGAUGGGCACCAACUGGGUCGACUUCGUCGAGGAGGCGUACCGCGUGCUGCGGUGGAAGGGCGAGCUCUGGGUCGCCGAGAUCAAGAGCCGGCUCGGCGGCGGGAUGAAGAAGGGCGGCGGCGUGGUGGAGCACAGCGUCGGGAACAGGCGGAAGCCAGCAGGUCCGGCGCCGAAGAAGGGCGCGGCCAAGAAGGAGGCCGAGGCCGCCAACGAGGCCGCCCUGCUGGUCGAGGUCGACGGCGAGGACGACACGAGGCAGCAGACCGACGUGACGGCCUUCGUCGAGGUGCUGAACAAGCGCGGCUUCAUGCUGCAGGGGCAGGACCAGGGCCGCGGGUCUGACGCCGUCGAUCUGAGCAACAAGAUGUUCGUCACGAUGCGAUUCGUCAAGUCGGCUCCCGCCGUCAAGGGCAAGUGCGCGCAGAAGGAGGAGGACCGGGAUAGGCUCAGCGGCAAGCCUGCGUUCCUGAAGAAGCCUAAGUUCAUCGACGAUGAUUCCAAGGACGUCAACGAGGCCGCCGUGCUGAAGCCCUGCGUCUACAAGAUACGAUGA